CAUGUUUGACAGUUCAGCACCAAAAAGCAGCUGCGGUCUCGCAACAGCUCUCCAGACAGAAUUCUACUGAAUUACAAACUCUAAUAUAAUGAAUACAACUCAGUAAAUCAAUCGCUAAUCGCAUGUUUACAGCGCCAUGUGAUCGUCACUAUGGGUCGCAAAUUGAUGACGCCAUAUGCGACGUCCGCCUGCUUAAUAGAUCGAAUAUUUUUUAUAAUUUAUAUAAUUAUCCAUUCAUAUCUAUUAUAUUAAUAGGAAUGAAUGAAACAUAAUGGGAAAUUCUUAAAAAAAAUUCUUGUAAGAAUACAUUUCAACAUACGGGUAACGUUACGUGAUUACGUCACAAGCUACGUUGUUUCCGUGGACGCGCGGGAGUGUUUGAGCUCGAACAUCCGCUCUUACAAAACAAGCAAGUCAAGAGCAUUUCCCCCCACAGCUGGAUCAUGGCGAUGAGGAGUGAGGCCCAGAUGGAGGUGCAGGUGGAGGAAGAGGAAAGCUUUGGUCCACAGCUAAUUUCCAGACUAGAGCAAUGUGGAGUCAGUAGCAGUGAUAUCAAGAAACUGCAGGAUGCAGGGUUCCACACCAUUGAGACGGUGGCCUACACACCUACGAAGGAGCUGCUUAACAUCAAGGGAAUCAGCGAGGCCAAAGCUGCUAAAAUUCGGACUGAAGCCGUGAAGUUGGUGCCCAUGGGCUUUACCACCGCGACAGAGUUUCACCAGAGAAGGGCGGAAAUCAUCCAGAUCUCAACAGGCUCAAAAGAGCUUGAUAAGCUCUUGCAGGGCGGGAUUGAGACUGGGUCCAUUACCGAAAUGUUUGGAGAGUUCAGGACGGGGAAGACGCAGCUGUGCCACACUCUCGCAGUCACAUGCCAGCUGCCCAUCGAUCAGGGAGGAGGAGAAGGUAAAGCCAUGUACAUUGACACAGAGGGAACGUUCAGACCAGAGAGAUUGCUGGCUGUUGCCGAGAGAUACGGGCUGGUCGGCAGGGACGUGUUGGACAAUGUCGCUUACGCUCGAGCCUUCAACACCGACCAUCAGACCCAGCUGUUGUAUCAAGCUUCAGCCAUGAUGGCCGAGUCCAGGUAUGCGCUGCUGAUCGUGGACAGCGCCACAGCUCUGUACAGGACGGACUACUCGGGCCGGGGGGAGCUGUCAGCCAGACAGGGACAUUUAGGCAGGUUUCUGCGGCUGCUGCUCAGACUGGCAGAUGCGUUUGGUGUCGCCGUGGUGAUCACAAACCAGGUGGUAGCCCAAGUAGACGGGGCGGCCAUGUUCUCCGCAGAUCCCAAGAAGCCGAUCGGUGGCAACAUACUCGCUCACGCCUCCACUACACGUUUAUAUCUGAGGAAAGGUCGGGGAGAAAACAGGAUCUGCAAAAUCUACGACUCCCCCUGUCUGCCAGAGGCAGAAGCCAUGUUUGCCAUCAAUGCUGACGGAGUGGGAGAUGUCAAGGAUUGAAUGUUUUAAACUGACGGCCACCUCCCUGACAACUCCAGUACAUGAGAAAAGUCAUCGCAAAAGUUAUCUUGUUGCAUAUAUUUUAUUUUUGAGUGUUUUUUUUUUACGCUUGAAAAUAAUUUCAGUUAACAUUUCUGUUGACGGUGACGGUGUUGACGGCUUUUUUCUGUAGCCUCUUUUCCUUUCUCCACUCAAACUGUAAAUUAAACUGCGAACGAUUA